AUGCCCCUGAGAGGGUCCCUCAGGGCGAACCUGCCCAUGGAAGGGUUCCUGGGGGAGAACCCGCUCCAGGGAAGGUCCCUUGGGGCGAGGGUGCCCCUACGAGGGUCCCUGGAGGCGCUUCUACCCUUGGGAGGGUGCCUACGAGAGUCCCUGGAAUCCCCGCCGUCCCUGAAGGUCGUUGGAGACGCCGACGCCCCUGAGAGAGUCCCUCAGGGCAAACCUGCCCAUGGAAGGGUUCCUGGGGGCGAACCGGCUCCUCGGAAGGUCACUUGGGGCGAGGCUGCCCCUACGAGGGUCCCUGGAGGCGCUUCUGCCCUUGGGAGGGUGCCUACGAGAGUCCCUGGAAUCCCCGCCGUCCCUGUGAGGGUCCCUGGGGGCGCCACCACCUCUGUGAGGGUCCCUGGAAGCCCCGUCCUCCAUGUGAUGGUCCCUGGGGGCGCCACCUCACCUGUGAGGGUCCCUGGGAGCCACGCCGUCCAUGUGAUGGUCCCAGGGAGCGCCACCACCCCUGGGAUGGUUCCUGGGGGUGCCGUGUCCAAUGGAAGGCUCCGUGGCGUCGCCGUUGCCCCUGGGGCACUGCCACCCAAGGGAGGGUCCCUGGGGGCUCUGCUGCCUCUGAGAGGAUCGCUGGGAGAGACAGACCAGAAGGUCGUUGGAGACGUAAAUGCCUCUGAGAAGGUCUCUAAGGGCGAACCUGCCCAUGAGAGGGUCCCUAAGGGCGACCCUGCUCAUGGAAGAGUUCCUGGGGGCGACCCCGCCCCUGGGAGGGUCCCUUGGGGAGAGGCUGCCCCUAGGAGGGUCCCUGGGGGCGCUUCAGCCCUUCAGAGGGUCCCUGUGAGUGUCCCUGGGGGCCCCGCCGUCCCUGUGAGGGUCCAUGGAAGCCCCGCCGUCCCUGUAAUGGUCCCUGGGGGCGCCACCAGCCCUGGGAGGGUUCCUGGGGGUGCUGCCUCUGAUGGAGGGCUCCGUGGAGGCGCCGUUGCCCCUGGGGGCACUGCCACCCAUGGAUGGUCCCUGGGGACUCUGCUGCCUCUGAGAGGAUCCCUAGGAGUGACAGACCAGUAG